AUGAUUUUAUUAUUAAAUCUAUUUCUAUUUGUUACUUCUAAUAUUAUAAAACAAAAUAUUUAUUUUAAUCCACCUAUUCCUAAAGUUAAUUAUGAAAAUGAAAUUUUUGGUUUAGAUAUUGGAGAAUUAUAUAAAAUUUUUAAUGGAAAUUUUUCUACAUGUGAAUUUAGAGUAAAAAAAAAUAUUCAAAAAAUUCCUUGUAAUUGUUUUAAUUUUCCUACAAAAAAUUAUCAUAUAUUUAAAGUUAAUAAAAAUUUAUCUUUAACAAAAAUUUUAUCAUUUGAAGUUGACCAUCAAGAUAUAAAAAUUAUAGUACCAUCAGAUGGGGAAUUAUUAGAAGAUAUGGAAGUAAAAUUUGAAUCAAAACUAUGUACAAAACAAGUAUUUACUUUAUCUUUAGAACAUCGUGAUUUUUAUUUUAUACCUUCUAAUAUUUCUAAUAUUGAUGAUGAUUCAGAUCAAUGGAUUACUGUAGAUGAACGAACAAUUCAAUUACAUACUGGAAGAAGUAAAAAAAAAUUUUAUUGUCAAUUUAUAAGUUUAGAAGGAUUUUAUAGAAUAAAAUUAAAAAGUUUAGAUGAUAUGAAUAAUUUAAUUGAAAUUAAAUCAUCAAUAAUUCCAUUAUCACCUGUUCCAAAUAUGUAUGGAUUAAUAUUAAAUAAACCUUCAAUAAAUAUUCGAUCAGAUUCAAUAUUUCCUCAUUGUAUUAAUUUUUUUACACUUUCAUGGGAACGAUCUUUAUGUCCUGAUUUAAAUUUAAAUUUUCGUGUUCAAGUAACAGCAAUAACAGAUUUAAGGAAAACAAAUGAUUGGAUAUAUGUUGAGGAACUUCUUUUACCACCAGAUAAAAAAACUCUUGAUAUAGAAUGUUCUUUAUUUGAUAUAAUAUUUGAAAAAUAUUGUUUUGAGUUAGUUUCAACACAUCGUUAUACAGAAAAAACUCAAGUUUGGGAUAAAAAAUGUGUCAAAACUGAACCAUUAAAAAGAAUUGAUGGUGGAUUUGGUAAUUGGAGUGAAUUUUCAUCAUGUUUUUUAUCAACAGAAGGAAAAUGUAUUCAAAAAAGAUUUAGAAAAUGUGAUAAUCCUAAACCUUUUGGUGGUUUAGAUUGUCAAGGAUCAAUAAUGGAAAUAAAAAAUUGUGAACCAUCAAAAUGUCCUUAUAAAUUAAUUACAUCACCAUUAACAGCUAAAUCAUCUGAUUGUUCUUGUGGUUGUAAUAUAACUAACAAAAAUGGUUCUUUCUUUGUUGGUCGUGGAAGAUAUCCUUUUUGUGAGAAGAUGGGAAAAUUAGAAUGGAUAUUAAAAUCUCCAGAAGUGACAUCAAUACAUAAAAAAUUUUUUGACAUUAAACCACUUCAAAAAUAUUAUAUUACAAUUGAUAAAAAUUUUUUAAAUAAUGAAAAUGAUGUUGUACAAAUGUUUAGUGAUAAAAAUUUAAUUUGGGAAAGUCAACAAAGUAUAGAAACAGAAAUUGUUCUUUAUGCAAAUACUACAAUAAGGUUUAUUUUUAAAUCCAUAACAAAUAAAACACAAAUAUCAGGAGUUGUUAUUAAUUAUAUUUUGAAAGAUAAUUAUUAUGUCAUGGAAAACAUUACAUACUCAACAGCUUAUGUCAUAUGUAUAAAAAAUUAUUGUUCUAAAACUUUAUUUUUUGGUUUAUGUGGAUUUGCUAUUUUUAUUACAUUAUUUUUACCAACAACAGUCUGUUUUUUUAUAACAAAAUUAUUAAAAAAAGAUAAAUGGAAAAAAAUUGAGGAAGAGAAAGAUAGAAAAAUAAAAUAUAAAGAUAAUGCUGAUAGUAUACGUUCUGAAAUGAUAAAGUCAAAUAAUACAAAUUCUACUCAUAUACCAGAUAUUCAAAAUUCAACAAAUGGUCAAAAAAAAUUUGUAACAUGUCGGUCAAUUGGUAUUCAAUUAUCUUCUCAAAAUACACCAUUAUGUUCUAGGUCAACAAGAUUUCAAUUAUCAGAAAAUUCAUCAUCUAGAAAUACACCAAGAGUGGCUAGAAGUAGCCUUUCAUUUGCCUCAAUCAAUGAAAUGGAAUAUGAUUAUUACGAACCAAUAGUUCCUGGUUCUUUUUUAUACCCACAACAAUUUGACAUGGCCUCUGACAUUGACAUAGAUUCAAUUAUACGUCAAGAAGCAAAGUUGUUACUAACAGAUCCACCAGUAGAUGCUCAUACACAAAUAUAA